CUCGCCCCCCCGCUCUACUCAUCACGGCGCUGCCCUCGCCCGCCCCGCUGCGGCGCCUCCUCGCGGCGGCCACUGGACUCACGUCGCUCGCGCGCCUCCUGUCUCCGCGCGUGGCCCGCAUGCCGUCGGCCACGAGCAACGAGGCUGGCGCCUCCGCAUCGGCAUGCGCGCUGCCCGUCGUCGAGACGCCCGUGCCGCCGCUCGACAGCUUCCCGCCGACGGGCACGCCCGUGCACGCCAAGGCCGCCGGCUUCGCCUUCUGGCGCGACGUACUCGGCAGUCCGCGCCGCGUCAUCGCGCCCAUGGUCGACGCCUCGGAGCUGCCGUGGCGCAUCCUGUCGCGCAGGCACGGCGCCGACCUCGUCUACUCGCCCAUGAUCAGCGCGCGCCAGUGGGGCGAGCCGGGCAAGGGCAAGACGCGCGCCAAGUACUGCGACGCCCUCUUCAACCGCCCGCUCGGCGAGGAGGGCGCUCGGAGUCUGGACUUGGCGGGGGCGCAGGAGACGGACCGGCCGCUGCUCGUGCAGUUCGCCGCCAACGACCCCCAGCUGCUGCUCGCGGCCGCGCGCGGCGUCGAGGACCACUGCGACGGCGUGGACUUGAAUCUCGGCUGCCCGCAGCACAUUGCCAAGCGCGGGCACUUUGGCUCGUAUCUGCAAGAGGACUGGCCGCUGAUCUUCUCGCUCAUCAACACGCUGCACCUCAACCUCAAGGUGCCCGUUACGGCCAAGAUGCGCGUCUUUCCGACGACCGAGCGCACUGUAGCCUAUGCCCGCAUGCUCGAGCGCGCAGGUGCCCAGGUCAUCGCCGUGCACGGGCGUACGCGCGAGAUGAAGGGCCACAAGACGGGCCUGGCCGACUGGCGCAAGAUCCGUGCCGUCAAGGAGGCCGUCGCGGUGCCCGUCAUCGCCAACGGCAACGUACUGUACCCGGCAGACGUCGAGGAGGCGCUGCGCAUCACCGGCGCCGACGCCGUCAUGUCGGCCGAGGGCAACCUGUACACGCCGACGAUCUUCGGCGAGUCGCCCGCCGCGCCGUCGCAGCUGUAUCCCAUGGCGCCCGAGCUGCCGUUCCCCGAUAUCGUCGAGCUCGCGCGCGAGUAUCUCGACAUUGUCGCUGCGCUCAAGACGCCGACGGCCGUCUCCGCGAUUCGGUCACAUCUGUUCAAGAUCUGCCGGCCCGCGUUUGAGGUGCACCGCGACCUGCGCGGCGACCUCGGCAAGGCUCGGCCCGAGCAGUCGCAGAGCUCAGAUCCCGCCGCCAUCGCAGCAGCCUUCCGGCCGUUCGUCGACCUGCUCGCUGCACAGCUCGAGGAGGACAAGAAGGACCCGCAGUACCAGCAGGCGCCGGCGUCGCGGCCACCUGGCUCGGUGCCGCUGCGGCCCGACGGCGGCGACGUGCUGGCGGAGGGCGCAGAUCCGCAGCGACCCUCCUACAUCCCACACUGGCUUGCACAGCCAUACUUCCGUGCGCCGAUGCCACCACAGCAGGGCCCUGACGCCGAGACGCCCGAGGCUCAGGCGGCACGAGAGGCACGCGCCGAGCGGGUGCUGCAGACACAGACGCCGCAGGUACGCAAGCGCUCCGAGUCGCCCGCGCGCGAGGCGCAGGGCCAGGCUCCCGUCGAGAUCAACGACAAGCAAGCGCAGGACGAGCAGCAGAUGGCUGCCUCGCUGGACGCUCCGGCUGGAGCUGCGCAGGCCCCUGCAGACGAGGCGCCCGGCGAGGACGAGCCGCUGGUCAAGAAGCUCCGCUAUGCACUGGCCGCUGCAGCGCCCGUGAAGGCCGCAGCCAAUGCGCACUUUACGGCGGGCCGCUUCGACGAGGCGGUCGGCAGCUACAACGACGCGCUGGCCAUCUUGCCGCCGCGACCAGUGCCAGAAGAGUCGGAUGGCGAAGGCAGCGACGACGGAGAGCGGCAGGCAAACGUCCCGGUCCCGGAGCCCGUGCCGCGGACGCGGCGAGGGGCCGGCCAGGCGGAGCCAUCACGCUUCGUCGAGCUGGCCGACGACGAGGACCCGGAGGAGAGCCUGCUGCUGCUCGAGUGCGCAAAGGCGCGCGCUUUGCUGUACUCGAACAUGGCGGCGUGCCACCUGAAGCUGGAGGACUACAAGGGCGCAGUCGCGGCGGCCUCCAACUCCCUCGCCGACGACCCCGACUACAUCAAGUCGCUGAACCGCCGGGCACAGGCGAACGAGGCGCUCGGCGGCUGGUCCGCACUCAGCGCCGCGCUCGAUGACUACAAGCACCUCUCGCGCCUGCCCGACACGCCGGCGGCGCUGCGGCCGACGGUGCGCACCAAGCUGGCGCAGCUGCCGCCGCGCGUCGAGGCGGCCGCGACGCGCGAGAAGGACGAGAUGAUGGGCAAGCUCAAGGGCAUCGGCGACAGUGUGCUGGGCUGGUUUGGCCUCUCGACGGACAACUUCCAGAUCCAGCAGCAGCCGGGCGGCGGCUCGAGCAUCAACUUUGUGCCGGGCAAGGGAGCGAAGAAAUGAGACUCGUUGCUGGCGGCCAUGCGGCGUCAC